CUUGGUCAAGUCAAUGUCGGGCCUCCGCUCCUCCAGCAGGUUCUCCACGCGUCCUUCUUUUCCAAUCUCUUGAAAUCUUCAUUCGAUGAAGAUAUCCGUCAUGCUAGACUUCAUCGACAACGUUCCUCAGGUCUCUUUGUCCCUCGCCAUAGACAAACCUCUUGCUGCCCUUCUCGCCCUCGAUCAAAAACUCCGCGACUUCGGCGUUUUCAACAAUGCUUCUCGCCUUCCCUUGGUGCUCGGCAUCGGAAGUGUCGGUACAGUCGUCGAAUACGGGUCUUCGAUCGUUCCAAGCGAUAUCCCUCUUCCGUCUGUCGGUACACUGGUCCUUUUUCAGGGGAAUCUUCGUCGACUGCAUGUCGGCGGCUUGGACCCUUCGUUCUGGCCGACACUCAAUUCUUGAUCCCCGUCCCAGGGGUUACAUCCUCCCUUCAAGCUGCAACGUUGAUCACUGACCCUUUCACUGCGGCUCUUUCUCUUUUCCAUUCAUCUGGCCUGAGGUCCCCCUUUCCUGGCACUGAUUCGACCUUCGAGUACCGAGGGGCACGUGUCAUCGUCCUUGGCGCAGGCACAACUGCCGGCACUUUUAUCGUUCGACUUGCGGCGGUUGCUGGUAUCGAGACCAUCAUAAACACCUCUUCCAAUACCUUUUUUGCAACUCCAAACCCACGGGGCAACUGAUGUCAUUGAUCGGUCCUCCUCUUCCAUGCCAUCCGAAGUCCAGCGUAUCCUCGGUUCUCCUCCCUCGCAUGUCGUGGAGGCAUGUGCAUCUGGUCAUCCCACUCUUGCUGCCUCCCUUUUCUUUCCCACCGUUUCCAUCGAUGCCCCGAAGUUCAUUGUCUUGUUGUCGUCCUUGGCUGGUGCCGACAUUGAUGCCUUGGCUGAAAGGGGUGUUUCCUUGCGCAACAUCUAUGGCUCCUUCGAGGCCCAUCCAGAUGUGUAUCAAUUGUGGGCCGCAGCUCUUCCCAAGUGGUUAUUGUCUGGCGAGUUGGAAGCCCCCUCUCAUAGAGUAAUCCCCAGUGUCGACCCGCGCCUCGUCAACACCGCACUCGAUGACAUCGGAAGAGGUGGCGGGGUAAGGUAUGUCGUCAACAUGGAGGGCGAGGACGACGCGGGGGAGGACAGAGGAGAUAUAUAGACGAGAGAGUGGAGGUGGAUAGGGUAGAACGACCAGGGGUAGACCAGAGGCACAGCAAGCUAAGAUGCCGUGGGGGGGGGGUGUUGUACGAGAUCCGUCACUCAACGG